UGGAGAGGGUGGUGCUUAAAUAAUUUAAACAUUUGAAAAUAUUAUAAUUCAACUCGAUUGAAUUAAACCCAGUUUUUAGUUUUUUUUUUUUUGUAAGGAUUUCAAAAAAUGAAAUUGUAGUUUUUCAUGUGUUUUUUUGAAGAUUGUUUAUUUGUUAUGCUGUUUUGUGUAUCUAUUUACAUAGUGUGUUGAUUUUGAACUAAAGACAAGGCGCGCUCUCUCUCUCUCUCUCUCUAAAAGCUCUCUCUUCUAUCCUUUCUGUCAUUUUGCUUUUCUUCAGAAUGUGUCCUUUCUGUUUCAGAGAAGAAUUGGAAUAUAAUAGCAGAAGAAGAAGAUAAAAUAGCAAAAAAAAACUCCACCUAGAGAGAGAAAGAGAGGAGAGAGAGGGAGGAGGAGGAGGAGGUGGAUUAUUGGUGGUGGUUCCUUUGACUUUGGUGGUUUCAUCUUCUUCUCUAAAGAUUUGGCAAAGGGUGUGGUAAAAUAUUAGUCUGGGGACAUUUCUUUGUUCAGGAAAUGAUUGUUGCAAGCUGAGAUGGAUUUUUCUGAGUCCACAAAAGUUGUGUACAAUAGGAUCCAGAAGAUAGAGCCUGAAAAUGUGUCCAAGAUUAUCGGUUAUCUUCUGUUGCAAGACCAUGGCGAGCGUGACAUGAUCCGACUAGCUUUCAGCCCUGAUAAUUUGAUCCAGUCUCUGAUUAACAAAGCGAAAGCUGAGCUCGGGUUAUGCAAACUGGCAGUGUCUGCUCCAAUCUCACCUCAGAUGAACCAAGGUCCUGUUUCCGACCUGCCUUUACAAUUCACCCCUUACAGUCCACGACUGGUUUCUUCUCCGGCAACCAUUGGGGCAGCAAAUCCAUAUAGGGAACUGUCUGAUGACCAGCAAUCACUGCAAGCCGUAGAGUUUGCUUCAUCAGGGUACUCAGAUUCAGUGAUUGAAAAUUAUCGACUCCAAAAUCGAAUGCAGUUUCUGCCCGAGUUUUCAAGCAAUUACUGUUAUCAUGAACCUGCAUUGAGCAUGAGAACCACUCGAAGGUCUCCAAGCUUGCCUGAAUUUCCUGUUAAGGUUUGCCAUUACUUCAAUAAGGGGUUCUGUAAGCAUGGAAGCAACUGCCGGUACUUCCAUGGCCAUCCCAUGCCAGAAAACUUUUCUCAGUUUUUGAGCCAAAACUCGAAUGAGCUUUCAAAUGAUGAUCGCGUUGUCUCCCCUGGCUCCCUUGAAAAGCUAGAGAUGGAAAUAAUUGAGCUUUUGAAAUCUAGGAGAGGGUUCCCGAUAUCAAUUGCCUCUUUGCCGAUGACGUACCAUGAGAAAUAUGGGACGACUCUUCAAGCCGAGGGAUACCUCACAGAGAGCCAGAGACAUGGUAAAGCUGGCUACAGCCUGGCAAAGCUUCUUGCUCGAUUGAAGAACAGCAUUCACCUUAUUGACAGGCCUCACGGACAGCACUCAGUUAUAUUGGCAGAAGAUAUCCCAAAAUACUCAGAGUAUACUGGUGAGAAAACUGAACCUGGUGGGAGUAUUGCUGGUUCUCGACAGAUAUAUCUUACCUUUCCAGCCGAGAGUAAUUUCACGGAGCAAGAUGUUUCCAACUACUUCAACAAAUAUGGGCUAGUUCAAGAUGUACGCAUCCCAUGUCAACAAAAGAGGAUGUUUGGUUUUGUCACCUUUGUUUAUGCAGAGACGGUGAGGCAGAUUUUGUCAAAAGGAAAUCCUCAUUUUGUAUGCGGGGCUCGUGUUCUAGUGAAACCUUACAGGGAAAAGCCUAGGCUUGUUGACAGGAAGUUUUCGGAUAAGAUGCAGCAUUCCAUGUGCUACAAUUCACAUUUAAUGGAUGGAGAUGCGGAGCUUCAAGCAAUGCCCAGAGUUUGUGAUAGCGCAAGAUUUCUAAGGAAGCAGUUCAUAGAGGAAAAUGAGCAAGCACUCGAACUUGAGAGAACGCGUCUCUCGGAGAUGCAUCUAGCAGUUAAGCCGUUGUCCCAUAAUUUCUAUUAUGGCUACUCGAUAGAUGACUUGAAGCAUCCAGAAGCCCAUGUAGAGCAAGCUGAGUUCCCAUCCACCAUGGAAUUUGAUUGUUUUCUGGAUGUUUUGAAUAUUGGUUCCACCAGUGAUGACAAAAUCAGUCACAUUAACACUAAUUACAAUGAUCAAGAUAGCAGUCAAGGAAUUAACCUUCCAGAGAGCCCAUUCGCGACUCAAAUGGCGAGUGGUAUAUCAACAGUUACAUAGGGGAUUCAGACAAACAGUAAAUUAUGGAGAGGUAGAGGACUGGAUUCAUACACUAAGUCUAAUUGGUUUCGAUACAGCAGGAGAGACCUUCAUCUUCUUCUAUUUUCAUUUCAUUUUUACCUCAACUUCAUUGGUCCAUCAGCUAAGUAGAGAGAGAGAGAGAGAGUUCAUACCAACUGAAGAAGAAGAGAGAGAGAUACAGUAGACAAGUUAUGUUCUUCCCCAAUGUUACACUGGGCGAAGGAGAUCGCAAAGAAGAAAAGACCGAAAAGCUAAUUUGUGACAAGUGUUUUAAGCUUUUUCUUUCUUGUUUUAGUAUAAUCACAGAGGAUGCAGCAAGGAAGAGGUGGGUUUUUAGAAGUGACUGAGAUAUAGUUUGGUUUACUUGAAGAAGAAGAAAGUAGUAGUAAAGACAUGCGCGUAUGCAGAGUAAAGAAGAAAAGGUGUAGAGAUCUCUGCAGCAUAAACAAAUUCUAAUAAUUUACACAAAGUUUCUAUUUACGUCACUACAUAUGUUUCAACAUUCCAUGCACUAUAUGGAUGAUGAGAUUUAUACAUAUAGAAUGUUUUUACAGUGUGGUUUAAUCACACAUUUUUAAAAUACAGAUAUGUUGUCGA